UUCAAAUACAUCACUUCUACUGUGAGCAGAGAAACAACUGAAUACGGUGUAAGUCACAUAUCUUCACUUCUUUUAGUGUGGUGUGUGUGGUGGGUGUUUGCCAGUGUAUGUGGUAUGUGUUUGUGACUGUGUGUGUGUGUGGUAUGUGUUUGUGACUGUGUGUGUGUGUGGUAUGUGUUUGUGACUGUGUGUGUGUGUGGUAUGUGUUUGUGACUGUGUGUGGUAUGUGUUUGUAACUGUGUGUGUGAUACGUAUGUGUUUGUAACUGUGUGUGGUAUGUGUUUGUAACUGUGUGUGUGGUAUGUGUUUGUAACUGUGUGUGUGUGUGGUAUUUAUUUGUGACUGUGUGUGUGUGUGUGUGUGUGUGGUUGUGAACCGCGGACACGGGGUCCUGCAGGUGUAACUUCAGGAGUUAGGGCUAGGGUUAGAGUAUGUGGUGAAGGUGACAGCACAGGGAGGGUACAGCAGAGAAACAUGUUAGAGUUUGGUCACAAACACAAGCCACAGCUCCUGGUUACACAUGUGAGCAGAUCAAUCUGCUGAAGUUAUUUAUAUAUACACACUGAAAACACUAUUCAGGAGCUGAAAAGCACUUUAAAGCAAUAAAAAAAACAAAUGUCUCCUAAACUGAAUAUAAUGCCUAAAUCUUGUCAGUAGUAUGUGGAAAGCAUACAGUAGCUGUAUUGAGUCAGUGUGAACUGUUUAAGGCUGGUAUUUAGGCAGUGAGCUACUACAGUAAACAUUUUUUGGGACUGAAUACUAUCACAUUACAACAGUAAAAGUUCCUGGGAAACCUUUCACUUAGUUGGGAUAACAGUGCAAAUGAACUGACAACGUUAUUCAGGAGCUGAAAACAUUUGAAUGCCAAAAAACUCCAAAACAGAAUCUAAAGCCCAAAUCUUAUCAGUAGUGUGUGGACAUUGGACAGGAUACAAUAUGCAUGCAUUGAGUCAGUGUGACCUGUUGAAACAAUCAUAGUUGCUGCGAACUCUUUCACCCAGUUAGGACAUGGAUAACAGUGUAUAAAAUAACUUAUCUACCCCUCCUAGGAUGCGGAGGGGUAAGAAGAGUAUUGCCAGAUGCUAAGCAGUCCUUCUAAUGCGAUUUAAGGGAAUUUUCAAACCAUUUCCUGGAAGACGUCUGAACUCUGAGCCUAUUGUUUAGGGAGUUUUGAAUGUCACUUUUUGUCUCGGUUUUAGUCAUCAUUAGACAUCAAGUACACUUCAUAAGGGCAGGGAAUGUGCAUGUUGUUCUUUUUGCUUAUCAGAGAGCUGUGAUCGAUCCAGGUUGGGAUUUAGCGGGCCUUCAAGGGAGAUUCAUGAAAAUAUCUAUCAUGCACAAAGAGACGAAUGGCUUCAGAACUGGGUCACAAUAUUCAUGUUAUGAAACUGAAAUGAAUGUCUCAGCUUUACACUUGUAUGCUAUCUUUCACCACAACCUUGACAUGUUUUAACCGUUUAAAUGCGAUCUUUCUCCUCACCACAACACAAGAUGUUCACCACCGAGGACUAUGACUACUCCACCUACUCCUGUGACACCAAUCCCGGCCUGGUGCAGGGUUCCUACCAGAUGCUCCUCUAUCUGUUGUUCUUUCUGGGACUGAUGGGGAACGUCACCGUUCUCUGGGUUCUCAUCCGCUACAUCAAACUCAAGUCCAUGACGGACGUGUGUCUGCUGAACCUGGCUCUGUCAGACCUGGUCGUUGUCCUCACGCUGCCUCUCUGGGCCUCCCUGCAGCAGCAGUAUUCUGGGGACUGGCUGUGCAAGGUGAUGUCCGGUGCGUACCAGCUGGGCCUCUACAGCGGCACCUUUUUUGUGACUCUGAUGAGCGUGGAUCGCUACCUGGCAAUCGUCCACGCUGUGGCGGCCAUGAGAGCGAGGAGCCUGCGCUACGGGACCGUGGCGAGCGUCGUCAUCUGGGCUCUGUCUCUGGCCGCGGCGCUGCCGCAGGCCGUCUUCGCACAACUCGAAGACGAGGACGGCGCCUUCAGUUGUCAGACGCACUACCCAGAAAACGUGGCGACGUCGUGGAAAAUGUACCACAACUUUACCGAAAACGUAGUGAGCCUGUUCAUUUGCCUGCCUGUUAUGGUGUACUGCUACGUUUGCAUUCUGGUUGUGUUACUGAGGUUACGUAACUCCAAAAAGGACAGGGCCAUGAAGCUCAUCCUCGGGAUAGUUUGUAUGUUUGUAAUCUGUUGGGUGCCGUACAACGUCGCGGUGUUUCUGAAAACACUGCAGAUGUUCAACAUAGGUAGCAGCUGUGAAAUGGAAGUGCGGGUGAAUGCGGCUUUACAGGUGACACAGAUCAUCGCUCUGACCCACUGCUGUGUCAAUCCAGUCAUCUAUGCGUUUGUCGGAGAAAAAUUUAGAAAUUGCCUCCGUCUCGUGUUAUCUAAAAAUCUGUUCUGUAAGCGCUUGGUCCGACACACCGCCACUCUGAGCCGAGGGUCGGAAAAUGAGACUUCAAACACGCCUGUAUGAUGGAGCUGUUCAGAUGAAGUUUUGGACUGUACUUUAGGGAAGGAGGGAAAAUGUGCUUAUGUUAUGUUAGCCUACAUAACAUUCUGUGGAGUAAAAUUGUGGGUCAGCAAUAACCUUUUUCUUCAAAGGUUCUUCAGAUUGUAUGCUUGAGUAACCAAUGUAGGCUAGGCAAACAACACAGCUCAAAGUGAACACAAGGUGUAAUACAGUCACAAAUACAUGAAGACAUUUGCAUCAACACAUUUCAAACUCAAAUAGGUACAACAGAUGCCAUGCGUUUUUUUGAUCUUUUACAAAUCAUGAACCUAAACUGACAUUUACAUAAACGCUUUUUACAUUGCAAAUAAAUAAAGGCCAAGGCUACUCAGGCCUACCCGAGUAUUCUCUUGUUUGUAACUGUCAAGGAUAUCCUGCAUUGCUUUCUCUCUGAAAUUAUACACGGAGGCCUAUACUGUUCUUGGUAAAAACACAUUGUUCCUAAUUCUGACCUCCAAAAUACUGUUAAAACUUCCGAUCCUUAAUUUUCGACUGUAGGGUCUACUUUAUGUGCCCUGUUUGGACGGCGAUAAAAGCGCCUGCCAGAAAACAUUUGUAAUGAGAGAAACCCUUCACCCAAACACCCUCUGCAGAUUACCUCCGACUUAAGCACAGGUUUCUCUGGGGCCGAUUUGCACUGACGUUGGAAGCUAUAGUCCAGAGCUCACCGAUAAUUAAUUGAUAAAUCAAUCAACCAAUCAAACUGUAUUUAUAAGUCAGACAUCAAAUACAUCUCCAAGUGCUGAACAUACAAAAGAAGGAAAGAACAUGAGUUGUAGCAAAACAUUGAAUGCGAUGCUGCUGAUAUACACUGUAGUGUGAAUGCGGUCAGACAGGAAAUGAUUGAGUGGUUGGCUUGGCAGGCCACCUAGAUAAGUGAAGAUCCGGAAACACAGUGUUAUCUGUCUGCUACAGUUUGCCAAAGGUGAAGAAUAUUUAUAUUCCAUGAUGAUAACCACUCAAUAUAAUCAAUUCAGGACAAAUCCAAUGACUAUGGAAUUGUGGUCACGAUUUUGCAGCCACGUUCUUAAAAUGAAAAUGCAUUUCUGGAAAUGCAUUUUAAUUUUCAAAUUUUACAUUUCAAAUUGAAUUUUGGUAUCUAUUUGCUGGGGCAUGUUUUGAAAAUUAAAUCUCAAAUGUCUAUUUCUUUUUCAUUUUAAUUAAGUGAAAGAUUGAGCACUCUUGAAGAAGAAAAUUAAAAUGCAAAUAGGAUGAUUGAUUACUAAUUUCAUUUAUGAGUCAAAUAAUGCAGCCACAUUCUUAAAAUGCAAAUGCAUUUCUGGAAAUGCAUUUGAAUUUUGGUAACGAUUUGCUUCCAUAAAUGAUAAACCUUUCACUUGUAAUCUUUAACAAAAGCACCAGACAAGUCCCCGAAUCUGAAACCUUUCUUGGUGUGUCAACAUUUCUGUUGCAGCCACUGGCUGGAAUACCUGACAUAACUCUCUGAAACAGCCUGUUUGCCAUUAAAGGUUCAAUCAAGAAUGUAGUCACAGACACAGACACAUGUUUUCACACCUACUGAACUAUUUCCUGUCCACAUGUUCUUUUUGAGAUGUUUCACUUUGUUUGUAUCCCCUAAUGCUUUGCUGUGGGUAUGUCAUGUGUUUGUGUGUGUCCUAGUCUCCUAUAUACUGCCUCGUGUCCUCCAUGUGACUCUCCCUCUAGGUUUUCGGUUGCAGCCUGUUACCUCCUUGUGACUUCUUUAAUGUCUUGGCAUGUUGUUACUGUUGUGUACGUUAAAAGCCUUUUUUAAAUGUGUUUUUUAAAAUCUUGCAGCCCUUUUUUCAUCUUCCUCUCAAGUUGCCAGGCUGCCUUUGUAAAUAAUAAAGUGUCCUUAA